GGGAAGGGAGGCAGAGCACAGAUCCAGAGCAGCAUCCUCUGAACGCACCACCCCGCAAGAGAAGUAGAACAAGUAUCCAGGCAGCUCCACCACAGCCAUCACCAUGACGACCACGGCCCCAGCUGUUGCUGUGCUACUCCUGAUCCUGGCCCUGAACUCUGGGACCUCCGAGGCAGUGCAGGUCCAGGUGGAAGGGCUGAGCUUCUCCUUGGAGGACGUACGGAUGCUCCAGAAGCUGACCCAGGGCCCGAGUAGACCGGGCAGCAUGAGCCCCAGACUGAGCGCCAGCUCCUGGCUGGUGUGCUCACACCCUGCCCUCCCCAACGCCUUCCAGGCCCUCUGCGACCAGCACAACAACGCUUCCCCCGCGCUGCUCGGCCUGAGUGAGUCCCACGCUGUUGUCCUACCGAAAAGAGGAUCUUAUCCUGGGUGGUGGGUCGUUGGGUCCGGCUGGUUAAUGAACGAUAGCUACUCCCCGGAGCCGCCUCAGGCUAUAAGAGGGGAGCAGGAGGGGACAGACCCGUCACAGAGCAACCUGAAUCUCAAGCUUUCACUGUUUGCCUUUGACGAGAUCUUGACCGUGCCGACCAUGAGAGCUGUGCAGAGUCUGAUGCUGGUGCUGGCUGCUUGCAGCGUGAGUGGAGCCUUGGGCGUCAUGGUGAAGGACGGGGACCUGGUUUUCCCCCUCCAGGCCGUGGAGACCCUGAGAGGCCUGAUGGACCUCGAUGGUCCGGUCUCCCCACACCUCAGCCGGACCAGUGCGGCGAUGGUCUGCCACGACCCAAACCUGCCCCAGGUCUUCCAGCCCGUGUGUCAGGACAAGGGAGCGGCCAUGAGCUUGUCCAGAAUCGUGAGUGUCCUGAACUUCAGGGACGCCUGUGACAUCUGCGCUAACCCGUCCUGCUUCGGCUGCCGGCAGUGAGGGCCAGGGGUCGGCCGGGGCCUCAGUGAGGGGCCCCCCACCCCGCCUUCAACAUCUCACACCCGCCAUCCUCCCCCGAUCCAACAUGGCCGCCUGGCCCUGCUGGGGGCCCUGCUGGGGGCCCUGCCUCCCAUUGGUCAACUUCUUGUUACUGUUUUUCUUUUGGUUUUAUUGAUUGGCUACAGAAUAAUAUCACGGUUGGGUAAACUUCCUGUGUUCCUUCCUGGUCUUCCCUGUGUGUUGAUUACAAUAAUGCAGUCUGUGUUUUUUUAUAAUUAUUUAUCUAAAGUUUUCGAUUAAAAAACUGAUCAUCAAUAUU